AUGUCGCUGCUCACCACUACGCCAGCCCCGGCAGGAGGUCUAAAAUCCCGCCUGUUGGAGCCAUUCUUUCCGCUCAUCUUGCUGGCCGCACUGCUCUACCAUGGUCUUGUGGGAGCGAUCCUGCUGCAAGUGCGAGCAGCCACUCUAGACUUGAAACCAUGGAAGCUGCUCAGUCCAUGGGCUUGGAGAGAUGCCGUCUUGGCCCACGGCUUUCCCAUCAUCUUGGAGGGAUCGGACAAGACGUGGAAGGAGGUCAAGGAUGAGCUGAUCAGGGCUAAUGCGAGCGGCAAAGUGCUGGAAGUGGGAGCGGGAAGCGGAAUGACGCUCAAGUACUACGAUACGGACAAGGUGCGUGGUUGUAUACAGCAGAGAGCAGCGUGAAUCACAAUGUCGCUCGUUGAUGCGCGUAGCAGGCGCAAUGUUGAAUGAUCGCCGUCGGGCCCCCCCGCGCACGCGCACGCGCACGCGCACGCGCGAACCCCGUCAGUGUGUCAGAUGUGACUCGUCUGAAACGCAUUCACGAUUCACGAUCGCGCAUCCAUUACCUACGCCUUGCUUUGUUGGGCAGCCGCGCUGACAGCAUCGAUCGCGCCUUAUCCGCCCGCCGCCCGCAGGUGACGUCCCUGACGCUGCUAGAGCCGUUCGCUUCGCUGCAUGCUCCUCUGCGCAGAGCAGCCUCGCAGCUCGCACUGCGCAAGGACCGCGUGCACAUUUUGCCAUUUGGCAUUCAAGAGCGCGAGGAGCUGCGCAAGCAAGGUGUCAAGCAGCGCGGCUACGAUACCAUCCUUUUGGGUGAGCCAGCCAGCAUGCACGCGCGCGCAUCGCGUUUCAAAGAUUCGCCACUCGCCACUCGCCACUUGCCACUGCUGAGCUCACGCACGCUCUGUCUCUCUCGUUCGUCUUUUUGCACCGCACGCACGCGCGCGCGCGCGUCCCCGCCAGUUCAAGUGCUGUGCUCCAUCCCAGAGCCAAAGUCGCACCUCGAAUACCUGCAGUCGCUCCUGGCCCCCGGAGGCAAAUUGUUGCUGUUCGAGCACGUCUUGAGCGGCUCGACGCUCACGCGGCUGGAGCAGUACGCUUGGACGUACACCAUGUGGAGAUUCGUGGCCAAUGGGUGCUGCUUGGAUCGAGCAUCGGGAGAGUGGGUCAGAGACAUUGGAGGUUGGAAGGAUGUGCGGCUCAUGAGACCCAAGGACGAGAACAGCGCCGCCCUCGUCCCUCACGCCGUAGGCAUCUUCACAAAGGCUUGA